AACUAGAGGCGACGGACGGGAAGAGAAGCGAGAGAGAGACACAAAUGGCCUCGAGCGUUUUGGUUGGCAUUCGUAAGCUGCUUGCUGGAACUUCAAUCCCAACCUCCCAAUCAUCGUACAGACCCUUCUCCACUUUAGCCGUCGAUGGCCGAGCUUCUGCAACCAAGGAUUUGAGGCGCCUCUCCUCAAUGGUUCCAUUGCAACCCAUUUACGGACAUUCAGGGGAUUUGACAUUCCGUAAAAUUCGAGAUACAUCUUUGCAAGCAGUCUGCUGCUUCUAUAGCGCGAAUGACUUUAGGUAUAGGUACGCACCUCCAAUCAUUCAAAGGCUAGUGCACCAAUUCCCUCCUGUAAAAGCAUUUCAUUUUGUCAUUGAAGACGACAAUGAUGAGGAUUUAUCUGAUGAUUUCACAAUGACAGUGUUGAACAUUUCAAGUCUGCCAAUGUUUCAUUUCUAUCAAAAUGGGGAAAAGGUAGAGGAGCUAGCUGGUGAUUUUAUCAGGCGCUUCAAGACAGUUCUUGAAAAACUUUACAACCCUCAAAAAGUUGGCACAAAAGCCCAGGAAAAUGUGAUGCGUGAAGGCAUUGUUGGAGGAAGGAACAAGGAGGAACAAAUGAUUGGCCUCAUGGACUAAUACUUCGGCUUCAGCCUGGUUGUGAAUUGUGGUGAUCUGCAACUAUGUUGUGUGAGAUUAGAAUGACCAGAAAUAGGCUCUUAAGGUGAAAGAUUUGGUCCUCAAGCUCGUAUUAAAAACUGAAAUGGACCCUGCAUGACGUUGUAGGUAUUCUGUUUUAAACUCUUUCGUUUUGGAUCUAAAUAUAGUUACCUUGUGUCUGUAUUGCAUGAUGGUUGUA